GGUACUUGACACACCGCCGAGCGCCUGCCCAUGCCAUUGCUAAUUCUUCCCCUAGGAAAUGGUCCAGGUCGACCGCUCCUCAUCAGCUUCUCCCUUCUGGCGGACAGCAUCGAAUACGUCCAAGUCACCGGACAACAAGAAGAUAAUAGGCGCUUCCUACUCGCAUGCCGACAUCCUCAAGUUUGACACAUUAUCUGUUUCAGGAACAAGCUCGCGCCCACGAACCCCGCCCUCUGCGACCCAUAGCCGCGAGUCCAGCAUCCCCGCCACACGAUCCAGCAAUGCCAGGUCCCCCCCGCCGCGCGCGACAUAUACUUCUUUUCUUAACCAAACACAUAACGACUGGAACGAUGGCGAAGAAGACGAAGGCGACAUCCUGUUUGAGGAUGACGAAGACGAGUUUGGACUGCCCAGUAUAGCAAGCAUGCGAAGGAAAGGCCGACGGAAGGAGCCAACAAAGGGCAAGGACCCCGGAGGGACCAGUAGGAAUAGCCUUGGAUCGACUGCAUGGCGCGCCAUAGACAGUGGCGAUAUCGCGGAGGAACGGGGCAUACCAAAUUACCCUGCAGCGAAGAAGACGGAAGGGAAGAUACUGCGGCCACAAUACCAAGAGAUAUUGCGCGAUCCUGCGAACUCGUUGCAUCUAAUAUCACACCCCUCGAUUCAUCCCACAGCAUCAGCGAAAGAGACUGAGGAACAUUCCGCACGUAUAUCGCGGAUUAAUAAGUUCAAGCGCAUACUACAAGCCAGCACCAUCUCUUUAUCGGAACUUCGCGACUCAGCAUGGUCGGGCAUACCAUCUGAAGUACGCGCCAUGGCAUGGCAGGUAUUGCUCGGGUAUCUGCCUACCAGCACCGAGCGCAGGGUUGCGACACUGGAACGAAAAAGAAAGGAGUACUUGGAGGGCGUUAGACAGGCCUUUGAGCGAGGAACCACGGGCAGCGCAGGCGCUGUUGCUGCUGGUGUUACGGGAGUCUCGUCUCUUCCUUCAGCGAACCGCGGGCGAGGGCGCGGUUUAGAUGAGGCUAUUUGGCAUCAAAUUAGUAUUGACGUUCCGCGGACGAAUCCGCACCUUGAGCUGUAUAGCUACGAAGCCACGCAAAGGUCACUGGAAAGAAUAUUGUACGUCUGGGCGAUACGGCAUCCUGCAUCAGGCUACGUGCAAGGCAUCAACGACUUGGUCACGCCCUUCUGGCAGGUGUUUCUCGGCGCCUACAUAUCGGAUCCAGAUAUUGAGUUCGGCAUGGACCCUGGACAGUUGCCGAAACAAGUUCUAGACGCUGUUGAGGCUGACUCGUUCUGGUGUCUCACAAAGCUUUUAGACGGAAUCCAAGAUAAUUAUAUUUCACAACAACCAGGAAUCCAGCGCCAGGUCGCGGAUCUCAGGGACCUUACCACGAGGAUCGAUGACAAGCUGGCGAAGCAUCUGCAGAAUGAGGGCGUCGAAUUCAUACAGUUCAGCUUUAGGUGGAUGAACUGUCUUCUAAUGCGCGAGAUAUCCGUUGAGAACACGAUCAGGAUGUGGGAUACGUAUCUCGCCGAAGAAGACGGAUUCUCCUCCUUCCAUCUCUACGUGUGCGCCGCCUUCCUCGUCAAAUGGUCAGACGAGUUGCGCAAAAUGGACUUUCAGGAGAUCAUGAUGUUCUUGCAGUCUCUGCCGACACGGCAAUGGACGAACAAGGACAUCGAGCUGCUGUUGAGCGAGGCGUUCAUCUGGCAGAGCUUAUUCAAGGGCAGCGGUGCGCACUUGAAGAAUACGGGUUCAAAAGGGAAUGGGGGUGUGGGAAUGGGGCCGAACUUUUGAGUUGGGGCCGGUGAUGUAUAAUGAUUGCAUGGAAUGAUCGAAGGUCCCAGAGCCGCCAUACCUUACUAUUGACCUGACCAACUGUGAAUGAGCUUGCGACGCAAUCUUGCGUUGAAGAGUGUUGGGCAUAGUAGUUCGCUAUCGUAUAUGACCACGAGGUCAUUCAGGCUGUUCGAUACGGGUGCAUGCUGUUGAUGCAACAAGUCAUUUGUCAAAGA